CUGGUCGGCUAUGGGUUUAAGGACAGUUGAAUGAAGUCAUGGCGUCAGGAACGGUUGACAGCACUCCAACUGUCCUUGCCCUCCUCUUCAUAUGGGUCAUCCUUGUUCUGGCUCUGGUUUACUUCUACAGAAAACUAAACACGGAAACGAACGGUCAAUACACCGUCCAGCAAAUGGUGUUUGCCCCCGGCGGGCUGCGGGACCAGCUGAGACAAGGAGUCGGCGUUGUGGAAAACAGAUUUGGCGUCCACAUUUGGCCUCAACCCCGCGAAGAUGAGGAGAACAUCAGAGACAAGGAUGAGGAUGAUGAAAAUGAUCAAGACAAACAGAACGACACCUGCAUGGAGGAGCGAGAGCAGGAAAACCAGGAGGAAAAAGACGAGGAUUCCUCAAGCGAUUAUUCCAGCGUUGACCUGAGGGAACGGGCAAAGAUGCAGAAGGCUGAAAACAAAAAUGAGGAGAAAGAAGAUGUGGAGGAGAAACCGAAAGAGGAGGAGAAGAAAGAGGAGGAGGAGGAGGAGGAGAAAACAGAAGACGUGAAGAAAGAGGAGAAAGUGGGAUUGCUUGUUGAUCUCAAGCCAUUUACAGGCAGCGCCAUUUGGUCUGAGGAGAGUAAAGAGAAAAAUGAAGGAAAUGACUUUACGGCUUUAUGAAGCACAGAGACGUUGCUUGAAUUUUAAAAAGGCGGGAAAUCAAGGGACUCUACCAAGUGGGUUACACAAUGCUGUUGUUGUUGUUGUUUUUUGUAUUUUUUUAAAUAUGAGCUAGUUUAACCCUGUAAAGCCUGAUGUGGAAUAAUAGUCCGAAAAAUUGGCAAACACUUUACAACAAGGUUUAUUUGUUACUUAGAAAGCAAGAAAGAUACUUAGCAUUUAACAAUAGAAGGUUAUUUUAAUUUCAACAACUUAAAGGAGUAAUGGAGUUCAUUGAGUCUGCAGACAGCAGAUAUACAGUUGAAGUCAGAAUUAUUAGCACCCCUGAAUUAUGAGCCCCCCUGUUAUUUUUUUUCCCCAAUUUCUGUUUAAUAGAGAGAAGAUUUUUUUCAAGACACUUCUAUACAGCUUAAAGUGACAUUUAAAGGCUUAACUAGGUUAAUUAGGUUAACUAGGCAGGAUAGGGUAAUUAGCCAAGUUAUUGUAUAACGAUGGUUUGUUCUGUAGACUUUCGAAAAAAUGUAGCUUAAAGGGGCUAAUAAUUCUGACCUUAAAAUGGCUUUUAAAAAAUUAAAAAUAGCUUUUAAUGGAGAGAUUUUUAUCAACACAUUUCUAGACAUAAUAGUUUUAAUAACUCAUUUCUAAUAACUGAUUUAUUUUAUCUUUGCCAUGAUGACAGUAAAUAAUAUUUGACUAGAUAUUUUUCAAGACACUUCUAUACAGCUUAAAGUGACAUUUAAAGGCUUAACUAGGUUAAUUAGGUUAACUAGGCAGGUUAGGGUAAUUAGGCAAGUUAUUGUAUAAUGAUGGUUUGUUCUGUAGACUAUUAAAUAAACAUAGCUUAAAGGGGCUAAUCAUUUUGACCAUAAAAUGGUUUUAAAAAAUUAAAAGCUGCUUUUUUCUAGCCGAAAUAAAGCAAAUAAGACUUUCUCCAGAAGAAAAAAAUAUUAUCAGACAUACUGUGAAAAUGUCCUUGCUCUGUUAAACAUCAAAUAUUUAAA